GGCGCGGGGACCGGUGUCCGUACGCGUGUCGGGGGCUCGGGGCAGGCGGAGCGGGAGCGGGAGCGAUGUCGGACUUCAAGCUGGGGAUCGUGCGGCUCGGUCGGGCCGCCGGCAAGACUAAGUACACACUAAUAGACGAGCAAGACAUCCCAUUGGUGGAGAAUUAUACCUUUGAGGCUCGUAUGGAAAUAGAUGCUGAUGGAAAUGGUGCAAAAAUAUUUGCCUAUGCGUUUGAUAUCAGCAAGCGGAGGGGUUCUGGGCGUCCUCUACAUGAGCUGCUCUGGGAGCGGCACAGAGGAGGGAUUGCUCCAGGUUUUCAGGUGGUUCACAUCAACGGCGUGACAGUGGAUAACAGACUGGACAACCUCAAGCUUGUUCCUAUAGGCUGGAGGCCAAAGGCAGAGGAAAUCUCCAGUAAACAGAGGGAGCAGAGUCUUUAUUGGCUGGCGAUCCAGCAGGUGCCUGCAGAUCCCAUUGAGGAGCAGUUCCCUGAGCUGAACCUCACACGUUACUACAAUGCCAACGGUGACAUUGUGGAGGAUGAGGAGGACUCCUGCACAUAUUAUGAAUGUCAUUACCCGCCAUGCACUAUGAUGGAGAAGCAGCUGCGUGAAUUCAACAUCUGUGGGCGGUGCCAGGUGGCACGAUACUGCGGCUCCCAGUGCCAGCAGAAAGACUGGCCUGCCCAUAAGAAGCAUUGCCACGAGAAGAGGCGCCCGCUGCAGCAGGAACUCGAGCCAGAGCGAUGACCCCCUCCCUCCCCCACCCCUCCUCACCCUCGCCCCGCAUGCUUUCGCCAUGGAUCAACAGUGGCGUCAGUUUUGUUUUGCACAAUUCAGACUGGACAUAAAGUUUCCUAAGCACUGAGGAAGAACAAAAAAAACCAGAAUGGACUUGAGGAGGUCUCUGUGAGAAGAGGGGGCUGGGGCUUCCCUUCCUACAAUCGAUCGCUACGAAGACUAUGGAGGUUCCCAACCGGAAGCUUCUGUCUAUAUUUAUAUGUUGAUAUGUAUUUGAACAAAAUCUUAUGUACAGUUUUUUAUGUUGUAAAAUCUGAUCUGUUUGAAGUUCGGUGAUAACGUGUAGCUGAACAGAGUUACCUAAAAACAGAGGUUUGCUCCGGUAGCAUUAUGUGACUCUGGGACAGCUUGCUGCUAAUGUGAUUAUAGAGAAGGAAAAAAAAGACCCAGCUUACUGUGUGUUCCAGGGAUUAUACUAACGCCAGGUCUCUGGAUCUUGUCCACUUGACAAGGAAAGAAAAAAUGAAACAAUAACGUUUUAGUCUUGCAUAGGGGAAAGAUAACUGAUUGUUAGGUUACAGUGAUGGCUGCUGGAGUGAGCAGGUUUCACAAUAAGCAUCUUUGUAGUUUCAAUCUCGUAACCCAGUUCGAGCGCACUAAACAGUGUGCCACUUCUUGACUUUGUGUUGAAGGUUAAAUUCAAUGUAGCACAGGUCACAGCGAGGGUUUAGUGGUGCUUUAAAUCAAUAAUUUUUCAAGUCGUAUCAGAACUAUUGGGGUAAACGAUUGUUAGCUAAGUUAUUCCCACAAUUUUAAUUCAAGACCUACGUGAAGAAAGGAUUUUUAUGGGCAUGGGGUAUUGAAUUUAUGACAUGGUUCAUCCACUUGGUAAUAUGAGUUUUUAAAAUGUGUGGUUAUGCAGGGAAGCUAUCCAGUAAUGGUGCAGAAUGUUCUAUGUUGGGUCUGGGUGGUAGGGUCAAAUUGAUAACCGGCAUGGGCUUCUUCACCAAGGGCAUUUCUCAAAACCGGGAGCUGCCUUUUGAAUUGAAAUCCAGAUCCUGGGGAUGGGAUUCGGUUCUGUCACUCUGUUGCAUUUACAAAUGUUGUGUCCUUAAUUGCCUCCGCUCUCCUGUCCAGCAUGGUAGCGCAUGUAUGUUGCCAAAGUUUCUGAUUUUUGCUCUGGACUCCUUCCCCACCCCUCUCAAAGAAUGUCAUUUCUGACCAGUGUGCUCUCAUCAGGUGGCCACAAGGCACUGUUGCAAUUUAGCCUCUGAAUCUGAUGUAAUUCCCUUUAGGAAGUGGACCAAAAAAGCCAGAUGACUUGUGGGAAAUACAUGAGAUAUUUCUUGCAAGCUCCCUAUGCUGCUGGAUGUUCACUUCUGCCUGCUCCUCUCUAGAUAACAAGUCAACCUGAAGCCAGCCGGGGUUUGAGGGUGUCAUUUCAAUGCAACACAAGAAAUCAUAUUUAACUUUCAACAUAUUUACAAGUGCUAAGUAUAUUUUUUUAUAUUAAGUUAUUUUCAUUGGAGUCAGCAGAUGGCUGGUAUCCAGCUUGAAACCCCUGCUGGGCAAAAAUAUUCACUGUGCUUGAGAGCGCGAGAGUUUUGUGUAUGCCUCAGCUGGGUAGAUUCCGCACAUUAAGUGGUGGAAGGGUACACCUUGGAGAUCUUACUCCCUUGUAGCCAUAAUUGUACACCUGUGAGCAAUUUUAAACGAAGACUGGUGCAGUCAGUCCUAAAAUGUUUUCCCUGCAAUCGAUAGGAGGCGAAACUCCAAUCAUGACCCGGAACUUAGUAAAUACUUGCACAAGUUAACAGUCUCCUUGCCUUUCCACUGUGACUUUUUCUGAGUGGUGAGGGCGGGCUAUUGAAGUAUUUUGGACAAGCAGAGACCUAUGAACUAAUUUGAAAGCUGCUGUACCCGUGUGCAUGUUUUAAAUGGGUUGCUGUUACUGUGUUGUGCUGUCGCUGUGCCAAGCUUUGCUUUUCUUGACAGAAGCCCAGGCUCGCUCUCUAAGGAUACCUAUUCUCUGUGUAAUGGAAUUCCGUGGACCUGAGUUGCUGCAUUCUCUUUUCCUCCCACCCAACCUGCCAACAAGGCAUUGCAGUGGAGUUUACGGUAGUUUAGAAAGCUUCAGAUGUUUUGUGCGGCAGUCUCAGGUUAACCAGUGUAGUAUUUUCAAUCUUGAUUUACUGCAGCUUCCUUCUUGUUACAGGUGGGUUUAACAUGGUGCUGUCUUCACUAAACGUCACCACCUUUUGUGGUUAAGUGUCCUGGAGGAUGCGCUGCUUCAGCUUUUUUUUUGAGGUUGGGCUUAGUGAUGUCUUUUACAGUUUGUGUUUUUAACCAAAGCGGCAGACCAUAUGGUUUAGGAUGUAGUUUCUCCUCCCCUCCCUCCCCUCCAGUUACUCAAAGUUUAUGUUCUGAAUCUCUAUAACUAUGAUUUCUUCCCCUCAAAAAGAAAUUGCAUUACCAAUGUGCAACUAUCCAAACCAGUUCGUGACCGGAUCCUAUGGAUAAUCUGAACUAUACAGCAUUGUAACUAAGAUGUCUAUGGUGGCCGUUGAACAGAAAUCACCACAGUUUUCAAGUGUGGCAUCCAUUUCAUGGCAGCUGUUUGUAAUAGUUGUGCAAAGUAGUUUUUCUUUUGCAUUUCCUACAAACUGAUCUGUGAUUGAACUUCUGUGCUCUUGCUGGUUUGGGGUAUUUUACACCAUGUGCAAAUGCUGUGGAGUGACAUUGAUCAAAAUAGUUUAGUCACCAGUCCAGGGGCUUCCAUUUUAAUUGUAAAUUUGAGAAUAAUGCCCAUUCAGAUUUAACCCCUGCACAGAAACAGUUGUGAAACUUAUUUGGACUGUUCAGUUUUGUGUGUAAUUUAAGACAAAUUGGUCUAAAUUAGAUCUGGUCUGCUCCUUCCACCGAUUUCCACCAAUCACGAUGAUUGUUUUGGUGACACGACCAGCUGUACACUAUUGAGCUGUUUCCAGCACAAUCGGACAUAAUGGUGUUGAAAACCACGGCCAGAUGUGCAUAGAGCCCUGAAAAUGCAUUGAGGCUGUUACAAAUCUUAAUUACUAACUAUGUUGUGUGGUCAGUUGCAAAAAUGCAGAACACUAGCCACUGCGGUGUUGCUGUGCCCCCAAUUUGUUUCAUGCACUGAAUACAGUAUCUUGCCUGUAUUUAAAAUUGUUAAAUAAAGCUGAAACAAA